AUGGCCAGUCCAUCCGCUGUCAGGGUCUUGAGUCGCCCGGUCACGAGACUGCCAAAGGCACCUCUUCCCCAAAACACCCUUCUCAUCCGCAAGCCUAUACAGAAAGGCGUUCCAUUGCCCACCUCCGAAAAUGCCACCCAGACCGUCCAUUAUGGCCAGCAUAUCUACUUCUACAACAAUAUCCGCACAAACCAAGUCGUCUAUUCCUUGACCCGCCAUCUCAACAACGCCGCCGCGCUCUCCCAACUCCCCUUCCUCGGCAAGAAAACCGUACCUUCGACAUUACGGAAAGAUCUAUGGAAUCCGUUCUGCAUGGUGUAUUUUCCAAGUCCGCAUGCGGGAUUGGCGGCGUUUAGGAGAUUGAGAGAGUUUAGGGCAUUGCAUGAGAAGAGUUAUCCGCUGGAUAUUAUUAGGGAGACGGAAGGGAAGUGGAAGGGCUCACUACUACCAAAGAAAAGGCGCGGAAAAGUUCUUAUGGACCAAAAAGCCAACAGCAUCGCAGACCUGGCAGCCGUGCUGCAGCUACAAAAGAUAGGGCCAUCGGAGGAAAGGAUAGUGAAUGCAGAGAGGAGACGGCGGAGGGUGGAAACUUUGAAAAAGCAGAAGGGCGAAGACAAGGUGAAAAAGGCACCAAUAGACGUCGCUAGCGAGAUGGGAGGCGUCGAUGGUGUGAAAGUCAGAUGGGCCAAUAAAUUGGACGCGGAGUUUGCAGAGACAUGGCCCGAGGAGGUGUUUCAUGAUUGGUUGGAAAGGAGUAGGUAUACAGCUGCAUUCCCAGCAGUGGAGGUCGUGGAGAAUGAAGAAGGGGUGAGAGAUGAGGUCGUGGUUAAUGGGGGUGAUGGUGGGUUGGCCCAGGGAGGAGAGGGUAGAGGGUCGCAUUUGGUCACUGCGUUAAGGGAGGGUGCACAGAAGCAGGCGACGGCUACGGCUUAA